AUGAACCCGCAUGCGACACCCAGACCAUUUCCCAUCCGCUCGAUACCAGGCGGAGGGGGGCCAUCUCUGCAGACGCGACAACCCGUCGCACCACAAGUUUCCAACAAUGAGGUCUACAAUACGAUACCAGAGGAAGACCGCGAACACAUAGACGAAGUCUUCGAGUUGAUGGAUAUGAAGAAGAAGGGCUGGCUAAACAGCUACGAAUUCCGCCACUCCCUGGCCGCCCUAGGCUUCGACAUGACCAAGCCUGAGUACUUCCACGAGCUCGAGACCUAUGGCACCAUACCCCCCGACUGGCCUGACGCACACAGCUGCCCCGUCAACAGACUGUACAUGUACCUCGACCAGUUCCGCCUGUGCGCCUCCAAGCUCAUCUCGCAGCGAGACCCGCGCGACGAGGCCGUCAAGGUCUUCAACAUGUUCGACUACGACCAGGACGGCGUCAUCUCCUUCGAUGACAUGCGCCACCUGGCUCAGGACAUCAAGGAGGAGAGGUCCAUGUCCGACGACGAGAUCCAGACCAUGAUCGACCACCUCGACCACGAUGGUAAAGGCGGUGUCAACCUCGAGGAGUUUAUCCAGAUGAUGGAGGAGGCCGGUUAA